AUGAACGUUGUCAUUACAAAGAUUGGAAUUUCGAUCACGAAUUCUGACGGUGUUGACUCGAUACAACCUACCAAUGGUGAUUUAACCUCGUGCUAUUAUCGAUUGAUCGAUAAUGAAGAGCCAGAAGCCACCUCGUGGUUGAAAAAGCUUGGUCAAUCCUUGGCUCAAUGGUUGCGUGAGAACGGAGAUUAUACUAUCAAUGAGGAUCAAGAAAAACUGUUAAAUUUUCCCGAGGGGUAUUUUCUAUAUGAAUAUACAAAUAUGAAUCCCGAUGGCACCAAAUCAACAGAUGUUUAUUUGUUCGGUGCCCACAAAUUUCGUUCGCCGGAUGAAUUCGCUCCACAUUUGAAAUGGUUGGUUUCCAAAGAAUCUCAUUCGUGCUCAUGCGUUUACUGUCCGGUACCGUCAAAUUCUAAAACCAGCAAAGCGGAAGAUGAUAAAGCGGUGGAGUUGAUACCUGAGACCAAUGAAAUGAUAGAAAUCAAACCCGAUCCUGACAACAUAAUGGAGAAUAUCCCAGAAACCGAUACGAAACCUGUCAAAGUAGAGAGAAAUUCGUCAACGAUUCCGACAUCCAGCUCUAGGACAUCAAAUUCCAAGCAGCCGGUAUCUACGCUCUCGAGAUCUCGCAUGUUAAAUCAAAUACCAUCAUCCGAACCAUUACAACAUCAGAUUAAUGCUGGUGAGGAUCGUCCGAAGGCGAAAUAUGCCGAAUAUCGUACUGGCGAGAUAGUAUGGGUUAGCCUCGCAAAAACCACCGAGCCCGACCUGAUCGCCAGGGUUAUACAAUCGAAUGAAGAGAAUGGGAUCUCAAUCGAAAAUUGGCCGGGUGUCAUUUACUCUCGGGGAAAAGUUGCCCCUGAAGUUGACAAGGUGAAAUUCACUGUUAAACUUGUGGUCUUAAAUAUCGAUGUCACCCUUCGGCGAACCGGUUUGAUACCUUGGAAAGCUUAUAGUCCUGAAAUCCCCGACUCUUACUUCAGUCGUGUAAUCAUGGCAAAUCAAAUCGAUCAGCCCGACGGUAAAAUUGAUGAAAAUAUUCAAGAUUACAUUAGAGCAGUGCACCGUGCGCACGAGGCCGUUCAAACAUACUCCCCGAUGAAAAGUUUCAAACUUGUUGAAAGUAGCACGCGAAUCAAGGCAGUGCAAGAUCCAACGGAGAAAGAAAGGCUUGCUGACGUGAAAAAUUAUUAUCAUUACGAGGCCUUGAUGUAUGGCGCCGAAAUGAUCAGGCCUGGAGAUUUGGUUCGGCUGGUGCCCGAGAACCAAGAUAAUCCGGAGAAGGAACCUGAAUUUCCAGAGUUUCUUGAGAUCCGGACGAUUUUCAAGCAUCCGGAAAAAGGGAUGCAACUUACCGGAAACAUUUUACAACGUGGUGAACUUCUGAAUAAAACUGGGCCUCUCAAAUUGGAGGACUACAAAUGGUGGAUUUCUCAUGACCUGAACGAAGAAUAUACUAUCGAUUUGGAGGAUAUCGCUGGACGUUUCUAUCUGAUGAUGCCACACCUCACAGUUCGCACAAACGCGCAUACUUUCAAAAAACUGAACGAUCGAAUGGCGAUAAUCGAAUCGGGCACUGAUCUUGAGAAAUCUCAGGUGCCAGUGAAUGUUAUUCCGGCGAAGAGAACCAUGGCCAAAUUGAGUACGCGUAUUGAUAAUCCAAGCGAAUCUCCAUCUUCGGUGAAAAAACAAAAGAAAUAUAUUGUCAAAUUUCAACCAAAGAAACGUAAUACCGACAAGCUUGUGAAGAAAGUUAAGACGGAGACCAAAUCUUAA